CAGGGAAGGAGAUCUGUAUUACAAUGGCUAAGGCACUGUAGUAGCAUGCAUGCUGAGUUCACAAUGACUAAUGAAGAACCACUCCCAAAGAAAGUUCGCCUUAGUGAAGCAGAUUUUAAGGUUUUGCCUAGAGAUGAACUGAUCCUAAGGUGGAAGCAAUAUGAAGCAUACGUACAAGCUCUGGAGAGCAAGUAUACGGAUCUUAACUCUAACGAUGUGACUGGAUUGAGAGAGUCUGAAGAGAAGUUGAAACAGCAACAGCAAGAAUCAGCCCGAAGGGAAAAUAUUCUGGUGAUGAGGCUGGCAACUAAAGAACAGGAAAUGCAAGAGUGUACUAAUCAGAUUCAGUACCUCAAGCAAGUCCAGCAGCCUAGCGUUGCCCAACUGAGAUCAACAAUGGUGGACCCAGCCAUUAACUUAUUUUUCCUAAAAAUGAAAGGUGAACUGGAACAGACUAAAGACAAACUGGAACAAGCCCAAAAUGAACUGAGUGCCUGGAAAUUUACGCCUGAUAGAGGCCUGAUGGCGUCGGACUAUUCUGAAGAAGUGGCCAACUCUGAAACAAAUAUCUUUCUAGACCAUGUAGACACUUGCAAAAUGGUUCUAAUUGAAGAAAAUAGAGGGAGAAACAGAAGUCUAAAGUCUGUGGCAUACUGUGUCUACAGACAGUGUGGAGAGAGAACCUAGAGAUUAUAAAUAAUGAAUUGAACAUGUUAAAUUCCUGUAAAAUGUAGAAGUGGAAUAUGCUUCGCUCUUAACCUUGAGCCUAGUGACUUAGAGACACUAAAUCAGUUUUGCCAAUAAGACUGGACUUCCUGCUUGUUCACUGAACUGCUGGGUCAAAACUCAAUGAGGUGAAUUUUGCAUAAGAGUUUGCUAACCAGCUUUGAAUAGCCAUGAGAGAGUGGUAUUGCAUGACAUCAGUGGUAGUGUACGUAUUUGAUUGUUUAACACUUGGGCUCUGUAGCGCUUAACUGAGCCUAAGCCAACAUGAUUUUAAAUAAUGAAUUGUUCUUUGGAUGAUUGGUAACACUGUGGACUUCUAAAAAUUAGGACUGUACAAAAAUGUAGGUCGUAUCCAUUGCAGGUUUUAAAUUGUUUGAAGCAAUAAAUAUAUAUUUGAUCACAACUAGAAUGUAUAAGGAAACUAGUUGUGAGGAGUAUUUCACUGCAUGGUUCCAUGCAGAAAUGAAAAUUUUUGUUCUCCUAAGAAUGGUCUCAAAUGCUCAGUAUACAAGGCACUCACAAUGGUAACUGUCUUCUUCAGUGUUGGUGGGAUAUUUUUCUUUUUGUAUACAUGGGUUGGGGUUUUUUUGGGAGUGGGGGUUGUAUUACACUUUCUAUAUAAAUGUGCCUUAAAAUAGUUGUAAAAUAUAGUUCAAGGAACACUAAUGGUCAAACUAUGGUACUGUGAAACUGUGGGAUGAAUUAGAAUGGGAGAGAACUGAGUUGCCUUCCUCUCUGAAAAGAAACAUAUUUAAAUGCAUGCAUCCUCCUGUGGGUGGAAUCAGUUGAAGAGCUUUGCUACUCUCUUGAUGCCUCUUGGUACGGUAUCCCAAGUUAUUUGCCAGCCCAGUAAUAUGGGACAGCCCAGAAUGCAUGUUCAAGGUGUGUAAUUAUGGGGGAGAAUUAUGAAAUUAUAUGGACUGGUAUAGUCAUUGUAUAUUUUUAGACUUGAUUUCCACCUAGAAUAUUGAGGUUUCAAUGACCAAAUCAAUUGGGCAUUUAUUUCAUGACUCCACUGAACACUGGAAAGUUAAAUGUUGUCAGAUUUUACAAAUGACAGCAGGUCCAACUUGUACUAAAAGCGAUGCCUUAUACAAUAGGGAAACAAUUUGUUUCAUCAUUUGAAAUGCAAUUUUAUCAAGGUUAAUUCAGUUUAAUUAAACAUUCAUUCUUCAGCUCCCUUCAGUAUGUUGAACCAUUGAGUGUGCUUUAGGUAAUUAAUGCAGAAGAUAGAGUAGUGUGCUUGUGUGUAGGCUUUUUACUUAAGCAGUGGAUUUACCACAGGAAAAAAUAAAUAUUUGCCAGAGGUUCAUCUCUUUAAUUUUAUACAUAUAUUACAUUUUUUUUGUUAUGGCAGUAUUUAAUGUUUUAACAGUAUAGCAUCAAAUAGAGGUAAGACUUGCAUAAGUAAAUUGUGUUAAUGUGUUACAAGCCAUUUGUGUAAAAAAAAAAAAAAAAAAAAAAAAAAUAUAUAUAUAUAUAUAUAUAUAUAUAUAUAUAUAUAUAUAUAUAUAUGCGCACAUAAAUUUACUUUAAUAUGCUGUCAAAAAGGUAGCAAUGGUGGAUUCAUCUGGCAUCCUGUGCAGAUUGUUUGGUUUAUUUGGAGUUCCUAAAUGUGGUGAUAUGUUUUGGUAGAAGUUGCUAAACAGAUGUCUUUGGGAUUUGACUCAGGUGUGACACUAAACUGACAGAUUUAUUACUACUUUGCCUUCCUUUCAAACAGAAGCAUCAAAGAAAGUAGUUUUGCUAAUAUUUAAAUAUCCACAACAUUUCCCAAUAUAAAUUAUUUUCCCAAUACAAAAUUAGCUUGAGUGUAAUCAUGGGUAACUGUAUUAUUAAUGGCAUGCAAGGAAUUAUUAAUUCUAUUUUAAAUAUUUAUAAUUGGGCUCAUAACUUUCUUCUCAACAGUAAAGAGAGAGCCAAAUUUCUCAAGCUGUAAAGGGAUUGUUGGACUUUUUAUUUAUCCCACCCACACUUUUCCCCUUAUGGCUCUUUUCCUUGUAACCUAAUGCCUCUUUUCAUAGCACCUGACCUGGUGUUUGAAUGGGAGCAUGGGCUCUUCCAAAAUUCUUAAAUGUCCUUACAACAUGUCUGUUUCAAAUCCCUUGGAAGCCCAAACUCAAUGAGUCUUGUAGGAUUUCACUACUAUAGAUUUGUAUGUUUGUGUGAUGUUUAAAGGGAGAGGAGCAAGGUGGAUAUAAUCAAAGCAAUGGCUUCACUAAGCCUUUUAAUCACUAUUGAGAUUUUUGAUGCACGAAGUAAGCAUUUAAAAAAAAAAAAAAAAAAAAAGACCAUCAGCAGAAACUUCACUUACAGAAAGCUCGCUACUAUAAAUAUGUCUUUUCCAAGUCUAACGGAUUACAUUUUUACAGGCUUUGUAAUGAUGUAUUCAGGUUGUUUUAAACAUACAAUUGAAAAAUCUAGUUCUAUGACAGGAAUUAUUUCAAUAUUUGCUUAUUUUGAUAUCCCUGCAUGUAUUGACUUCUUAUGAUAUAAUUUAACAUGCAAUGUGAGGGUACUUGGUCACAUUAAGAAAUGCAAAACAUCUGAAAAAAUUAGAGGGGGAAAAAUAAACUGCAUUAUAGGUAACUGUGCAAAUUCCUAUACAGGUAAUAAAUGGAGUAAAUAUAAUAAAGAAAUUUAACAGGCAUUUGAAGUGGUUAAAGUUGAGGUUAAUGAUGGUAUGCAUUAAUACAGUUGGGAAUGGCUGUGUUAAGAAAAAUUAUGAACUCUAAUCCAAAGUGGUUAUGAAUACAGAAUAAAAACAUAUCAGUAACAGGAACUUGCAAGAGGCUAAAUCAUUUCAUGUCUGCCUAAAACUUUUUCUAACACCUGUCAUUGGUUAACUCCAAAGAGGUCCUGGUUUACACAGAGGAACUUAUCUUAAACUGUUAUUUGGAUUGGAUUGUACUAGGUCAGCACAAUUUUAAGCAUCAAGGACCUGACAUUGGACUUCACAUCAAGAAAAAGAACAGGUGGCUGCACUUAGCAGAGUUGCAGGCUUCCAGGACUACUUUACACAGCCAGAUAUCUUCUGGAGCAGCCCAUCUGAAAGAUGGAGAGUCAGUUUGAAGACUUUUAAAAUGGGCAGAGCUUUUAAAAAUUUAAAGUGUUGAAGGCUUGAGUGCUGAAACCUUAAUUCAUUGCAAGGUGCUUAUUUGAGAUUGACUUGGUUGGGCACCACUGUUGCAGGAAAGAACUGUGGCUGUGAAGCAUACUAGUGAAACUUGCUUUACCUUUUAAUCUUCAAAAUUUCAUUCUGUCCUUGUUACUUUAUACAGCUCCAAGCUGACCUCCUUGGGCUUGUCAGCUAAUACAAGUCCUGUAGUUGAAUUUGCAAUAAAUCUGUUUAAGUCUGUUUUUUCCAGGGCUUUCACUUCCUGUGGUGGGAGAGGGGGAGGAAAAAAGAGGUCAGCUUCACUGUAUUGCUGAACCUCAAAGGCAAAAUAUUUGUGAUUUGCUGCUCUAGCUUUGGCAGAUCACAAGUGUGUUAAGGGCUUUAGCUAUCAAAUUUUAUUUUGUAAUAAAAUCAACUUUUAUUGCCUAUAUAUUAAUUUGCAUACUGGUUCCUAUAAUGCUUUAUUUACACUGCCAUUCUUAACAUGAAGAUUAAAGAUGUGCAGGUGUUCCUGAUUUGACAGAAAGA